CAGAAUCCCUCGUCUGAGGGCUUCGGUUGACGCUUCGGCCUAAACGAACAAUGCAGCGGUCAGUACGCAGCGUGGAAGCCGAGCAGGAGCAGGAAGUCGACGGCGAUCGUCGGAAGAGGCGACAAUGGAAGGACAACGAGGUUUCAUGCGCGCGCGCGAACGCACGCACGCACGCACGCACGCACACACAACACGCCGCGAAGAAAGCCGUCCUUAUCCGGCGGCCCCGGCCCGGACUGACUCGGUUCUCACCUUGUGGGACUCCUCUUGUCGCCCAUGCCAGAACAGCUUCCACUGGGCUUCGGGGAUGGGUUCGAACCGGCGGUAUUCUCCGAGCUUUUCACUAAAAAAAAGACGCGACGCGCCUGUGCCGCUCCAGCUGUCGUGGAAACUCCGCUUGGGAGGUGGUCACGUGUCGCGACUCCGCCAAUCAAGCGGCUCGUUACUUCCCGAGGCUGACAUUCCUCAUGAUGAGUCCAUGGCGCGUUCAGGUGCUGUGCGUAAACGCGGAUGUCGUGGCGAUCAAGACGUUGCUCGCUGCGUUUCGUCGCUCUUUGACCUCUCGAGUACAGAGGUCCAGCCACCUGCGACGUAUUUGCACGCCAGCUGACCCGUGGUGGUUUUUCGAGUCUAACCCCGGUAGUUGCAAAUGUUUUGUGCUUUAGACACGUCAGGCAUAGAGACCAUAUAUCUAUCUCCAUGAUGAAGUUCACACGUGCACCAGCCGCAUAUUAUCAAUCAUUCUACAGUGUCUUGCUUGAGGCCGACUAUAGCCGCCAGGAGCAGUCAGCAGAGUUUCGGCGUCGUGACUGGUUAUUACUCCCUAGCUUUGUCUCCAAACUGUCCCUCAGAUGUGCUGGUUCCUUCCCAUGAAACCCUGAGCAUCUCCAAAUAUGCCUCCCGUGUCCCCGCUCCUGGCAGCUCUCCCUACUGGCCCCUCGGGCAGGACCGCGUGGGUGCAGGCUUCUGUUCCGAUCCUGCAAGCACAUGGAGCUGAGCCCAUCAGCAGACUGACCAGUGAACGCAGCCUUCAGACACCUGAUGGGAUGGACCGAAAAGCUGCACCCACUUGGGCCGUUUGGGAUUCAUUCUGACACCAGUGGCCCGGAGCAUCUCUUUCACCGCCGCUCUCCCGUCACUGGUCAGACCUGACAUUUGCUCCAGACCUGUUCCACCCUGCCUGCACUCUCCUCUUCACCUCGUUUGUCCUGCCUUUAGCUGCAGCCUGCUAUUUUCAGAAACGGACAUUUCACACUCUCCGCUUCCGAAAAUAACUCUCGCCAACAGAGAACGUUGAAUUCUCUGUUGGCGUCUAAACAGAGGCGUUUUUGUCUGUCUGUGAACAUCGCGGGCUCUGUCUGAUCGGGUCCCUGUCUUCACUCUGCACGACGGAGCCCGAAUGUCUGAAGUCAUCUUUCGCCACUUGCCUCAUCUCCACCCGCUCAUCUGACAUGGGUCACAGGCUUCAGCUGCCGUGCUCCUCACCACUGUAAACUUGUGUCCUGUACCUGUGUUAGACUAAAGAGGACCCUGUCUGGGGGACGACCUCGUAUUGAAAGACACCAAAGUAACCCCAGAAGGCCUGGCCCAGAGCUGCAGCCUGCGUCAGAAUGUGUGGCAAAACAAAUCUGUUUUUGUUGGACUCUUUGCUUUUCACGACAAAAUCAUCGACACUACGUCAUUUGGGAGUCUCUUUGUACUUUGGAUCAGUCACACAUUUUAUUAGAAAACACUUGUGGUCCUGGUUCAACAGUGGAAAAAUCCCCUGUAUAAGCAGAAUGCAGUCCAACUUCAAAAAAGGGGCGGGUUCAUAUUUCCUUUAGUCGCUGACUUCCUCUUCAUCGCUGAAGUAUGCGCUCUUUUUGAUCCUGGGUUUCCUGGGGUCUGAAGACGAGGACGAGGAUGGGCCACCUUCAGCCUGAGACGCGACUGCAGUCUUCCUUCUUCUAUCCUCCUCUUCCUCGAUUCGAGCUUGCUACAGAAACACACCACACUCACUGGCGCAAACAUCCGACCGGAACCAGCUAGGAAUCCACUUUUCCCACUCACUUGAAAAGCAAUGGCUUGACUCAAACUGUCCAGCGCCGGAUCCUCUCCUUCCGCCUCACUGUCCUCCUCUUCUUCGCUGAACACAAAGCUCAGUGAAACAUUGCAGGCGCCUUCAUCACAACAGCUCCUUGACAUGGAAGCAUGCAGAGCCAUGUGGAGGUGUGGGGAUGAGGGAUGACAGGGAGGGACUGGAGUGGAGGAUGGAGAGAGGGAAACGGAGGAGGACGACAGAGAGAGGUGAAGGGAAGUGAAUUGUGGCGAGUCUGGUCAUGGGCCCAGCAGUCUGAGACCUGGCACGCUUGACUCGUUUGUUUGACAUUGUUUAUCAGUGAGACUUUGGUCCUGUUGUACUUCAGGAUCCACCACCGCACAGAGAAGCCUUCACUGCGCCGGUCCACCUGGAUUCCAGCCGUGUAAAUGUGACAUAUUCCAACAGGACGUUUAUACUCACACUUGAUCUGCCUGCUGACUCUUCUUCCUCUUUUUCUUGUCCUUCUUCUUGGGCUGCUCUCUCUCGCCGAGCAUGUUGUUGGGGCAGGCGUAGCUCAGAUGUCCCGUCUCCUGUAGUGUUGACGGCCAGUCAGGCACCGCGGCAGGACGCGCGGUCUGUCGCUCACUCACCCCGCACUCGUAACACUUGGAUUUGUCCGUGUAGUUCCUCCUCCUGAUGAACUCGGCAGCCCGUCCGUUGUCGAUGGCUAUGCUGGCUUUCACCGUCCUGCCAAACAACUGCGGGACACCGUCCGUGAGCACUGCAGACCCAGCGAGAGCCGGGCGGCUGCGCUCACCUGCUUGUUGUUGACGGCCCGAGCGCAGGCGUGUGCGGACUCUUUCUCCAGGAACAGCACGAACGCCACGCCUCUGCUGCGGUGCGUGUGUUUGUCCUUGACAAUAGUGACCCUGGAAUCACAGCGGCCGUUGGAAAAGACGGUCAGGCCAAGCGUCCCGUCAGCAGUACUCACUUGACAACUUGUCCAUAUUUGGUGAAGAGCUGUGGAGAUGGACAGGCAGCGGUGGGUUUACUCGGGUUCAGCAGGGCGUCCCGCUCUCGACACGCCAGCGGACGUUACCUUGUGCAGGUCGUUGUUGGUGAGGGAGAAAGGCAGGUUGGAAACAUAGACGGUGCUUUUACUCGGAGCCAAACCGCCGCUCAUUCUGAGGCCUGAAACACGCCGCUCCUGCAACACACGGCCAGAGAAACUCAGCCCUCAGCUGUCGACAGAAGGCUAGGCGGCGACGCUCGCCAUGUCCUCCUCCUGGUGGUGAGCAAGUGUCUUGGCGGGCGGCAGCUUUACCGCCGCCUACUGGAUGGGAUGCAGGUGAGCGUCCCUGGCUCAUUCACCACUCUUACGAAUCAGUCGAAAAACAGGCGCAUUUCAACCACGACCAACCUGACGUGCGUCUCCAGACGGCCCUCCUGUGGAUGGCGAUCCGUGUCGUCGUUUCACACUUCCCACAAUGCACUGCGCUGUGCUCCGCUGCUGCUCGCGUCACGCCGGGCUCAGCACAAGAGCUAAAGCUAAGCUAACGAACACCCGCGGUGCUCGGUCUGCGUCUGGUGUGUGUGUGUGUGUUGAAAUGCGCCACGUGUUUGAACCGAAAGUCACGAAGAGACUAGUUCAAGCGGUGCCCCCUCAUUAGUUGCUAUCUCUCUGCCUUCGUGUCGGUUUCUCGUCCGAGGCUUCAGUGGGUUUGACGCCGCUCCGGACACCUGGUCCUGCUCCCGUCAGAAGAAGGUGUGAAAGCCUCUUCUGUCCUUCCGACGAGGCGCGUCCGUGCGAAGAGGCCGUGCAAGCAAUGACCUACAGAAGAGACAGAAACCUGCGAAACAUGUACGAGGAGCGGUUUCCUGACCGGGUGGGUCCCUAUCCCCGGGGCUCGCAGCCGCCGGAGCGGAGGGUUCCGUUCGGCAGGCAGGAUGACUACAACCAUGGCGCCGGCUAUGACGCUGGCCCCCGCUUCUUCACGGAGGGCGGCGACCUGCGGAACUACCAUGCUGAUGAGCAGAGGGGUUACCAUGGUGACAGCCAUCAUUUCCCCCUUGAUAGAAGGGGCGCUCCACCACCACUGCGACGGGAGGACUAUCCCUAUCGAGGACCCAGAGAAGACCCGCAUGCAGGCAGGCCCAUGGAUUUUGGCCGUGCUCCGCCCCCUAGUCACAGUCUGAGGAACUACACUGCAUCUCGAUUGGCGCCCGAGAGUGAAGAAAAUCUGACGCCGGCUAUCUUCACUGCAGGGGGCGGAAGGAAGCCCGGCCCCGCCUCCUCCUACAGAGAGCGCUCUCCGUGCCGCCGCGACGGCGUCCGCUCGCCCCACAGUCGCUCGGGUUCUAGCGUCAGCAGCAGAGGGUACUCGCCAGAUCGGGCCAAAGCCGCGUCACUUCCUGUUCAGCCAAAUAAAAUCCCAGGACUUUCCAGAGAGUCUUCUCCUCUCAGCUCCGUCUCAGUCAAGGAAGAGAACCAGCCCACGCCGGAGAAAGAAGAGCAGACGUCUGCCAACGCAGAGGAGAGUCAGAAGCCAGCGGAGGCGUUUGACUGCCAGAGAGCUGCGGUGAUAGCCGCCAAGGCCAAAGAAAUCGAAGAGAUCUUCCAAAAGGACUGCGAGGUGUUCGGGAUGGUGGUGAACAUGUUGGUGGUCAAAGACCCAAACCUGGAGACGCAGCUGCAGGUCCCGCUGAGGGAGAGCCUGGGAGAAAUCCGCGAGCGCUGCCUGAACGACCUCAAGCGUUUCAUCGCUGAGCUGGACAGAGCGCCGUGGCCCUCGGAGGGGCCGCUCUGUGACGCGUUCACCGCCGGCCACUGAGGCCAAAGCGCUCACCUCUUCCAGUGUGGGAUUUCUGACAAAAGCAAAGGUUUUCUGCUCCUCAAGUGUUCCGAGGGAAGGCCAGUGUGAUGUGCAAAUCUCAUGUUGAACUGUGGGUGGCGCUAGUUCGGUCGAGCAGCUGAGCCGUUUCUUUGCUCGAUCGUACGACUUUUGGCAGUUGACCAUCCAUGAGCUUUUUUCUCUCUCCUGGAAGUGGCCGUCCAAACGUGACCAGACUCUGAGUGCGGGGCCAAUGCUGGGUCGCCCGCUGCCGUUUUUCACGAUGAAUCAAUAAAUGUGUCUUCUGCUGUGCGUAAUGGUCGACGAAGAAGUGCAUUCUGAUUCUGCGGAAGUGGCAAACCACAGCAUGAACCGCAACAUGGAACCCCUGCUCGACGGUCUCCCGGGAGGAAGCCUCUGGUGCAGUCCAGACCUCCUCCUCCAGCUGCUCUGUUGAGAGAGGACUGUGAUCGGACCCCUGGGGGGCCGACCCUGCUCCUCCACACUGCACUGAGGACCCAUGAGAAGAGUGCUGUCGGACCAAGCACCUCCGCAGUGUUCGCUGUGGCCUGUCACUCAUGGGAUGCUUCAGGAUAUCCACCCUCAAUCCAUUCUCUUCGUUCAGCUCCACUGUCUGGGGCGGCCUGGACUGUGAUGAGGGAACCAUCACCUGCACUUCAGCCUCCGCUUGUGGCCAUGGCUUUCUCCACAGCUUUGUCUGUUGUGGGCUUCAAAGACCCGCAAUGAAGGGAUGAAUCGAAGCCCCCGGCGCUCGUCCAUUGUCUCGCAGUGACUGGAAGCCGCUGCAGCAGAAGGGUGGGCCAUUUGUCAUGAUGUAGCGCCGUGGCACACAUGGUACCAGUGAUGGCCCUCUGCCUCUGUCACUCCUCUGCAAAGAUGAGCUGGCCAGCACCAAAGUGACACGCCAUGUGAGGCGGUUCGGCCACACCAGUGGGUGGGGUCAGACGGUUCCGGGCAGGUGGCA